AUGACCCUCAAGCCAUUCCUCACUGAGUACCAAACGGAUCAGCCCAUGGUGUUCUUUCUUGCAAGGGACUUGGAAACUGUGGUCAGGAAGCUACUGACGAAGUUUCUGAAGUGCUCGGUCUUGUCUUCAGCAAAAGGAGCCACUGGUCUGCUGAUGGUGGACAUUGAAAGCACCGAGAACCACACUCCACUUGAAAAGGUGGAUGUAGGCCAUGCCGCUGAACAGACUGUCAGGAAAACUAAAGCAAGCCAAAAGGACAUGUUCCAGUUCCGCAUGGAAUGCAAACGCUUCUUGAUCAGUGUAACAAAGAAGGUGCUUGAGAGAAGUCCACUCAAAUUCCCGAUUGUUAGGAGUUUGUCCUCUCUGGACCCACGACAAAUGUGUACUAAACCAGAUGAGUGCCUGGCCGGCUUCAGAAGAGUGUUGGAUGCCCUCAUUACAGCGGGCAGAAUGUCUGAGCACCAAAGAGACACUGUACUAGGGGAGUACACUGAGUUCCUGCAGGAAGAGAUGCAUAACCUGCGAAUGUUUGAGAAGAACGUAAACAGGUUGGACGAGUUCUUGACUGAGCUGAUGAAGUUUAAUUCAUCAUGUGGGGAACUAUGGAAGGUUGUCAAACUUUUGCUCGUGCUCAGCCACGGACAGGCCACUGUGGAGCGAGGGUUUAGCGUGAACCGCCAGGUUGCUGUAGAAAAUCUGAAGGACCUGUCGUACAUUUCGCAACGUAUUGUGUGUGACGCUGUGGACAAGGCAGGGGGCGUCCUUAAUGUCCCUAUUACAAAAGAGCUGAGGACUGCUGUAUCAGCUGCCCGGCAGCAGUAUGCUGCAUAUCUGGAAACAGAAAAAAAGAAGCAAUGUGAUGAUGUAAGGGAAUCAAAGAGGCGCUGCAUCGGCGAAGAGAUUGACGCAAUGAAAAAAAAGAAAAAGAAACUCGAGGCAACAAUAGCUGACCUCCAGGCUUCAGCGGAUACCUAUGCCGAAAAGGCAGAAGCAGCUAAUGAUCUGAAGUAUGUGGAGCCCAACAGCUCGUGGGUGCGCCUCACGGUUGAUGGUCAGCCGGUCUCUGUGCUUCAGUACACUCUCCGCUUCUUGGGCAGCAGCCAUGAUUCCGUCAGGACACUGGCGGCUGAGAAUGUGGCUGUCUUCCUCAGUGGCCAACACCCAGCCAGCCUGCAGGCCUUGCUGCCACUUUUGUACAAGCAUCUUGAAGCCGACGUGAGCAGGGAGGAUGAGCACUACUCUGGCUGCCUGGUAUUUGCCUCAGCACUUGCCAAUGCGGCCAUCGCCUUGGGACCGCACCUGGGUGGCAUGGCCACCACACUGGUCGUUCAGGCAGUGCGAGACCGGGGCCUGCCAGACACUCUCGCUGCAAAGGUCCUUGGCUUUGCGGACACCAAGCCCUGGGCAGAAGGUCACCUGCCUGCUGUAGUCUACCACUGGCUGAGACGGGGUCUCCCCUUGGCCGAGCUUCCUGUUACCGCGCUUGGCUGCCCGUUGCCCACGCAGUUCUGGAAGUGCCACUGGGUUCGGGUCCUGCCAGCAGUUGUGGAGUGCUGCAACAUCAGGGCUGUCCAGCUUGUGAGCGACAGCGUGGGCAUUCCUGCCAGGGAGUUGCUCCGGCAGGUGGCGCCCUCUGUGUUGAGCCGUGCAUUGCCCAACUCGGAGCCCCUGUGCUUCCUCCAGGAGCACCUGUCACCAAAGAUUGUAGAACAAGUUUUGGGGGACCAUCUUCCUGAGGUGCUGGUGUCUCUCCUGCGCCUUGCCUGUGACAUUCCCACUCAUGCAGCGCAGUCCCCCCACGAUGAGCCGUACCCUCCUUGCUUGGCUGAAGGCCAGGUGCAGGAGUGCCUGCAGCUUCUUGAGCACAGGUGCUGCGGGGAUCUUCUGGCGGCACUCUUGCACAAGCGGGAUGGUGUGCAGCUGGUGCUGGAAGGACUGCAGCAGCCUGCUGGCCCCCGCCUGGCUGCACUCAAGCACCUGGUUGCCAUGGUGUCUCAAGCCCUGGCAAGACCAACUGGCCUUGGGGGCUCAGAGUGCUUUGUGCUGCGAACGCUGACGAGGCAACUGCUGCAAAAGCUCCCGGUGCGAGGUGGUGCGGAUGACACUGUGAGGCUCGUGGCACGUCUUCUCCGACAGCUGUAUGAGGCUGCUCUGGUUUACAAGGAAGCUGCAAGAAACUUGCCACUCAUCAUUAAUGCCCUGGCACCAUUUGUCGAUGAUGAGAAUACCGCGGUGGAGGUGCAGCGCCUGGUGAAGAUUCUGUUGUCAGACGAACAGCUGGAAGCGGCAACGCUGCUUGUGCGUCCACCCUACCGGGACUCCCUGGAUGCAGUGCAGCUGCGCCUCAAGCAGGGACCCAUCACUCAGGUGCUCGCCGUGUUCGUCGAAUCGCUCAAGCAGGACCUUCUCAGUGGACACGAGGACAUUGGUACGCUGGUUGCACUCGGCAGCUUGCUCAAGCUGCGUCACGCUGAACUGCUACCAGACACGCAGGGGAAGCUGUUUUUCACGGAGUCAGCCAGCUCGAGCCCCUUGCACCAGCUGGUGGUGGUCCUCUUCCAGCAAGCCAACUCCCCACACCAGCAGGUGAGAGAGGCUUCCCUGCAUUGCCUUGGCAUCCUGGGUCCCAUCGAGUGGCACCUGCCGUGCCUGUCCACUGCACACUGGAACCCCAUCUCGGGCAUGGUGGACAAGCCAGCCAAGGGCUGUCAGCACAUCACCUAUGCGAUCAUCUUCCGCACCAUGGAGCGUUACAUCAGCCAUCCUGACACCAAGCUGUCUAGUGUGGCGUGCGAGGUGAUCAAGUCUGCACUGGCGACACCAACGGGCUUUGCCUUUGCAUCACAGCACAGGCAGGCAGAGGACAUGGAGGACACCUUUGCCUUUCUCCACCCUUUUGUGCCUUCGUGUUGCAAGGAAAGUCUCACCUUCUGCUAUCUGAACAUAGUACAAGGAAAAAAACUAAGGAAAUCGGCACUGCUGGACGACAGAAACGAGGACAACGACGAAAAUGUGGACGAUGAUGGUGGCGAGGACAUCACAAAGCAUGUGCAGGCGCAGUACACGAACUAG